AUGGCUUUCACAUUUGCUGCAUUUUGUUAUCUUUUUGCUCUGUUUGCCGUAGCAUUUUGCAUUUUCUUCGCCAUAUUCACAGUUAUUUGCAUCGAUGAACUAAAGACAGAGUAUAAAAAUCCAAUAGAACAGUGCAAUAGUUUGAACCAGUUGGUUUUACCAGAAUAUUUACUUCAUAUCAUCCUUACUUUUCUUUUCGUCUUGUCGUUUCAACUUGGAGGACUUUGCUGGAAUAUACCACUUAUUGCAUAUCAUAUUCAUAGAUAUAUUCAGCGUCCUGUGAUGACUGGACCAGGAAUAUAUGACCCGACCACGAUUCUAAACAAAAAUGAACUUCAAAAAGCACUAAAAGAAGGCUGGAUAAAGCUUGGAUUCUAUCUGAUAUCUUUUUUUUAUUAUUUGUAUGCCAUGAUAUACACGAUGGUUACUUCCUCUUGA